GUGGUGUUUGCUGAACUCGUGCUGUGGCGAGCAGCCUCAGUGACUACAACAAUGAGUUUGAGCAAGCAGGGCCGGCUAGUUUGAAGUUUACUUCAGUGAAAUUGCCUGUAAUAUUCACUAUAUGUGCUAAUUGGGGUUUCAAAGCACUGUGUUAAAUGGAGCUAGAGGACCAAUGGUGGAAAGGACAACUCGCUGCAGAUAUAUACCAGGCGCUACGAUACAAAGAGCUCAAGUUGCCUCCCUACAAAGGCCAGUCCCCUCAGCUCAACUUCAGACGGUACUUUGCAGACCUCAUAGCCAUUGUCAGCAACCGCUUCAAGCUGUGUCCUGCGGCCAGACACCUGGCAGUCUACCUGCUGGACCUCUUUAUGGACCGUUAUGAUGUCACAGUGCAGCAGCUUCACAUGAUCUCACUCUCAUGUCUUCUUUUGUCCAGUAAAUUUGAGGAAAGGGAGGACCGGGUGCCUAAACUGGAGACCCUGAACAGCCUUGGCUGCAUGAGCUCCAUGAACCUGGUCCUGACCAAGCAGGGUUUACUUCACAUGGAGCUGCUCCUGCUGGAAACUUUCCAGUGGAACCUGUACCUGCCUACUGCUGCUCAUUUCAUAGAGUACUACCUGUCCAUUGCUGUCCACGAGGGAGACCUCCAUGAUGGCUGGCCCAUGACCCUCCUGGAGAAGACCAAACUAUACAUGGCCAAGUAUGCUGAUUACUUCCUGGAGGUUUCCUUGCAAGAUCAUGUGUUUUUGUGUUUUGCCCCCUCACUGGUGUCUGCUGCGUGUGUGGCCACCUCCCGCCUUGUCCUCCACCUGUCCCCUACAUGGCCACCCCGACUGCAGCGCCUCACAGGCUACACAUGGGAGAACCUAGUCCCAUGUGCCGAGAAACUACUCAUUGCACAUGACAGUGACGUCAAAGAGGCCAACAAGCAGAAGUGCCAGAAGCCUGGCCAGCAGCAGCAGCAGCAGCAGCAGGGCCAGACGGUGUACCACAGUUCAGGUCAGACAGCCACUGUGGCCCAGUACCUGCACCGGCCCAGCGUGCAGUACCCCCAGCAGGUUCCGCAGCCGGGCCUGGCCCCUAACCACAGGCCUGCCUCCUACCUCAGCCACUCCACCGCCAGCCUGCAGGGUCCUAAUGGCCCCCAGCAUGGCAACACCCAGGCCAUCACUGCCUCCCAGGAUCCAAAGUCCAGCAUUCCCAACAGGGCUUACCAAGUCAGCAUGCACUACACCUGCGCUGCUCCAUGCUUUGAUAGAUGAUAGAUUUUCAGAUAGAUGUAGUUAUUUUUGAGGAAGAAGAGAUAAGAGAUGUGAUCUAUUUCUCUUGAACAAAACAGAAUUCACCAAAGGAAAGAGUGUUUUUAAUUUGAAUAGACUUGAUGAGAUUGGUACAGCACUUUGAAAGACAAGGCGUACACAAUGUGCAAUAUGCAUACUUUGCUGUUAUUUUCUGUGGAGAGCCUGCAUUAGGAUAUUUGAUUUGAUUUGUUUUUUUGUUUUCUUUGAGAUAUCGGUUAUGAAUGUUGUUGUGAGGCUGCCAGAGGCAGAGUUUGCACCACUGUGCCGAAUAGUGUUACUGUAUAAUUUAGCUGCAGACCAAAAGUCCUGUAUUUAUUUGAGCCAAAUUACCUCAGAAGUAUUGAAUGUACAAAUACCUCGUGCCUAUAGCCUUUAAGUUAAGGGCAUUUGCAUAAAGGGACUUCCGUUGGUUUGUGGGUGAGAUUAUAGAGCCCUUUUUGUGUAGGUGUUCUGUACCUCGAACUUUUUUGUUUGUUGUUGUUUUGUUUUGAUGUGUGUCACUUGUAAAACUAAGAAAAAAAGAAAUACUCCUCAAUUUAUUUGCAGAGAAAAUUGCAGCUCUUCUGCACAUAGAGGAUUUCAGUCAGUGCUGUGCACUUCU